CUUAAACAAGACAGAUAUUACUUCUCCUUGGUUCGGUUUUGGUAUGGGUGUUAUUGAUUAUCUUAGACCACUGGCUUGAUUUUAUUCUCACAAUGGCUUCUGAGCGGCUCACAAUUGUUAUCAAAUUAGGCACAAGCUCCAUUGUGGAUGAACAUACCCAUGAACCUAUUCUAUCAAUCCUUACACUGAUAGUGGAAACUGCUGCCAAACUUCACCGGGACGGCCACAAUGUUGUCAUAGUUUCUUCGGGUGCUGUUGGGGUGGGGUUGCGGAGGAUGGAUGUGGAAGAGAGGCCGAAAUACUUGCCUCGCAUCCAGGCUUUGGCCGCUGUCGGCCAGUGUCGACUGAUGAGCCUGUGGGAUGGCUUAUUCUCUCAUCUUCGCCUUCCGGUGGCACAGAUCCUUUUGACUCGGAAUGAUAUAGCAGACCGGACCCAAUAUAUCAAUGCACAAAAUACAUUUUCCCAACUCUUCGACAUGGGGGUAAUUCCCAUUGUCAACGAAAACGAUACACUGGCAGUUUCGGAAAUCAAAUUCGGUGACAACGAUACCCUAUCAGCCAUUACGGCCGCUAUGGUUAAAGCCGACUAUCUAUUCCUAAUGACGGACGUUGACUGUCUUUAUACUGCGAACCCCCGCAACAACCCUGACGCACAACCAAUUGAGGUGGUCUCAGAUAUAUCCUUAUUAGAAGCCGACGUGUCAUCUGCCGGUUCCGCAUUGGGAACAGGUGGUAUGAGUACGAAGAUCGUGGCCGCAAAAUUGGGAACUAGUGCUGGUGUGACAACAAUCAUUACCAAGAGCUCAAAACCAGGAAACAUUCACGAAAUCGUGAGAUACCUCCAGGAGCUGAAACAAAGAGAAUCGAACCAUGCGGAGGUCAGUAGUGAGGCUUCAGAAACACAAAUAUCUCUGCCUCCCCUCCAUACUCGAUUCCUUCCGUCCGAUAGUCCCAUCCAGUCCCGUUCAUUCUGGCUGCUCCACGGGCUGAAGCCUCGUGGUACUAUAUAUAUCGACCACGGUGCUUAUGCUGCCCUUCAGAAAAAGGCAAGUCUUCUUCCGGCAGGAGUGGUGGAUGUGGACGGUCACUUCGGGCAGCAGGAAGCCGUCCGACUAGUCGUCGUCGAGAGAAUUUCUCCAGAUGCCUUGAAUGGCGAUUUCCUUCAUCAUGGCCAAGAGCCCAAGGAGAUUGGACGUGCAUUGGUCAACUAUGGCAGCCUAGAGAUUGCGCGCAUCAAGGGCCACCGUAGUACCCAUAUUCACUCGUUGCUCGGCUACGCCGAUAGUGAAUAUGUUGCUCUUCGUGAGAAUAUAUCCUUCCUUGGAGCGGAUGAAGCUGUGCGGCGGUAGACACCGUCAACCGCUCUCGCUGAUUUACGUUGUCUUCAUGAAAAGUAAUGUUUAUGCCAAAAGCGAAUGAUACCUCCUUCCUUUGUCACCUGGUUUUACCUCCCCCCCUCCCCCCCCCCUAUUUUGCGACAUGUUUGAGUUUUAUUGUAAAUAGAAGUCAGUUUAGAUACGGACUUGGAAAGGUAUAGAGAUCGU